AUGGACGGCAUAACCAACGUCCUCUACAUCGCAUACGAGCGCUUCACGCGCAACCUACGCGGCAGCCUAGAGGGCAUGUCGCCCGAGAAAUGGAUCAGGAUCGUCAUCAUCGUCGGCACAUACAUGCUGCUUCGGCCGUACCUGCUCAAGCUGGGCGGCAAGGCCCAGAUGAACCAGCACGAGAAGGAGGCCGCCGAGGCAGAGGCAGAGGCCGAGGCAAAGGCAAAGAUGUCGCCCAACGAGCUGCGCGGCCACAAGAUCGAGAUUCCCGAGGACAGCGACGACAGCGACGCCGAGGUGGACAGCAAAGCGACGUCUGCCGACUGGGGCAAGAAGGCCCGCCGCAGGCAGAGGACCAUGGUCAAGAAGCUGCUGGAUGCCGAGGAGAAGAGGCUGCAGGAGCUUCAGGAGGACGAUGAGGAUAAGGAUAUCGAGGAGUUCUUGACGCAGUAG